AUGAAAUUGUUUGUCAUCGCCGCUUUGAUAGCAGUAUCCGCCGGAGCUCGGCUGGAGCAUCUAGAACGGUCCUACCUUCCUCCAGACAACUCCAACUCAAUCUCAGGGGGUUUCGGAUCGCCAGCAUCAAACGGACUUGGUUCAGGACAUUUCGGUGCCAGCGCUCGUGGAUCUCCAAGUGACAAUGGCUUCAGGAACUCAGCGCCGGGGUCAUCUGGAUUUGAUAACGGGUUCGCUGGAUCUCUGAAUGGAUUUGGAUCUGGUCAAGGAUCUAACGGUGCGGUUGACGGUUUGAAACAGUACCUGCCUCCCGAUCAACCCUCAUCUGGUCCUUCUGGUUUCAGCGGAUCCAUCAAACCUGCAUGCCAAUCCUGUGGCUUUGCUCGCAACCAACCCUCAUCAUUUGGUGCCCAAAUCCCAAGCACACAAUACGGCCAGCCUCAAUUUGGUGCCCCUGCAAACCAGUACAGCCAACCGCAAUUUGGCGUAAACUCCCACCAUCAAUUUGGAGCUGCAUCCCGUAGCUCCUUUGCCCAACCUCAAGCCGCUCCAAGUUCUUUCAACCAACCCCAAUUCGGUGCAGCAUCUGGACCCAGCUUCGGUGGUCAUGGUGGUGCCUUCGGAAGAGGUUCCUUUGGACAAGAGCAGCCAAGCCAGUCCUUCGCCAGCCGUCAAUACUUAGCUCCUAAGGCGCAGGAAAUUCCUCAACAGCCAUUUGACGAACAGACCGGCUACCAGUACUAA